GACAGCAUCUCAGAUACUGCUUAUGUAUCAGAAACUGUGGUAGUUGUUUCUCAAUCGGUCAUUGCGAAUACUCCUCAAGAAGACAUCCUCAUAGUAGAUUCGAAAGUGACGCAUGAUAUAAAACCCAUUAACAGGUAUUCUGAAAAUUCUGAAUUAUCACGUGAUAUAAAACCCCUUAACAAAGUUAAGAAGUUUUCUGAAAAUUCAAAAUCAUCACAUGAGAGACAAAAACAAGAGGAAGAAAUUGUUAAUACUCCUCUCAACGUCUGCCCGGAGAUAGAUAAAAAUGUAGAGACAAAAAGAUCGGGAAAAGAAAAUUCUUCUGAUAGCUUACCAGAAGUGUUCCAAAGAGACCACAUCCUACCAACUAAGAAUAGUGGGAAUGUUCAGGCUUCCUCGAGUAUAGUAACUGAAUUCGUACAAGAUUUGUUAGAAGAGCUACUCUCAUCUGACGAUCCACUCCAGACUAUAAAGUUUUCUUCUCCCAAAACUAUAGUUCCCGGAUCAAUAAGCAUCAAAAAACUUGCCAAUUCAUUCUGCCAAGCGAAUGUUGCAAGAAAUAAAACGAUCGUAGCAAAGCGAUCAGAGAUUACAUUAUGGUGUUUAUUCUCUGAAAGGUUCGAAGAUAAAGUUGUGGAGCUUAGGUUUAACGAUAAGAAACUUACGGAUCAGACUGCAAGAAAGCAGAUCUAUAAUGAAAUGAAGCCGUAUCUCGCAGAUGUUUCGAUUGGAUAUUUACAAGUAAUGACCUGUAAAGCGAGAAAAAUUAAUAGGUUAUUUGGGUAUAAAUAUGAUCCUAUAACUCUGAAAAAGAUUAAAGAACAGGUCAAAUCGAAAAUAGCAACUAGUCCUGUAAACGAAAUCUCUGAGACAGUGGUUACUACUUCAGCUAAUGACUCCUCGGAUGAUAAUUUUAGUGACACGUCUGAUAUUACAGAUUAUUUUAAGGAAGAAGGAGCGAUUGAGGAGGAUUCUAAAAA